AGCAUGUGUAUUUAUACGAGAAUUGGUAGGGGUUUGUUCGUUCAGUCACACAAUUAAUCAGUGGGUUGUAAGGAAAUCAGAUAUGUAAAAGUAGUUAAGUUUUGGACACGCAAACCGUGAACUCGAUGAAUAUGAAGAUAAAAGGAAAGCUUUUACAGUUACAGCUGAAAUAAAUCUAUGUAUCUUCCAGAGGGCUAAAAGAUUUAUCCUCACCCUCAGACAUUCAACAUGUGAAGCAUUGUCCAAACCGUUUCUAUAGAAACCGUUACAAGAAUGAUUAGACGCGGAGGAAGCAAAAUAUGGAUUGGGCUAGGAAUAUUGGGUUACAUACUCUUAUCUAUAGAGAUAUCUACAAGGACGCCAAAAUGCGAUUCCAAUCAACAACGAACGGUCUUGGAAGAAGGUAGACAUAAAUUGUCUCUCAAAGAUUCCAAUCCACUUACCGAGGAAACCCACCCAAUCCCUCAUUCGGUUGGAAUUGCUAAUGAUAACGAGCCAGACUCCAGACGUUUAGAUAAAGUUGAGAUCAGAUCUGCAAGGAAUGCUACCAAAGUAGACCUCGGUGAUUAUGCUGCCGAGGUGGAUAAUAGGCCUGUGAAUUCAGAACGGUCAGAAGAGAGCAGAUCGUACUUUCAAGUUAAGGAGGAGGUACAAACCGAGGUCAUAAUCAAACAUCCCAUUUUGCCACAACCUGGUCUCACGCCACCGAUCGUCUAUUACAUUUGGUGUGGUAGAUACUGGUUCGAGUUCCAGAACUAUUUGAGCAUGCGCAGUGUCAUAAAAUACAUCCAGCCUGAUAAAAUUAUUCUAUACUACAAUCAUAUCCCACGGAUUGAUAUCAAGUUAUAUAAUGAUUGGUUAGAUGUCAUUAGAGAAGAGUUUCCCUUUAUAACACUGAGAAAAAUGAAAAUACAGAAAUUCGAUGCUUGUGACAAUGAUCUAAAGCUGAGGUCAUUCGCCCAUGAAGUUAUGUCUAAAACUGGAGGAAUCUUUGUUGACAGAACAACAAUCUUCACACGAACGCCUCAUGAACUAAGGCGACACAACCUAGUCGAGGCCCUGACUCCUAAAGGCGGAUUUAUGAUGAUCCGGCCAACACAUCACAAAGCUUUCUUUCAAUCAAAACUUCAGGCGAAUGAAAACAUAAAAGUGAAGUGUGGAGCGUCUACACUGACAAAAUAUGGAGUUGUCAAAACCAUAUAUUACAGCCCAAAACUUUACUGUCUGACAAUGCCAAAAAAUUUGACAUAUAUUUUUCCCAAAGAUAUUUGGGGUUUGGAUAGUGAGUUUGGUGAAAUAGCCAGAACUAUUUUCUAUGGUAAGCCAGAUAUUCCUGUCGCAAAACCAUCAUAUGAAACUCUUGUCCCAAACAUUGCACAUAUGGUGUGGAUGGGAGGAGGAGAGAUGGAUUACUUGUUUUAUUUAUCAGUGCUCAGUGUUUUGCAUAUUGUAAAAGUGGAUAAUCUCUAUAUUCACGGUGAUAAAGAACCAACAGGGCCAUUAUGGAAGAAAGUCAAACAUGACGAAAGAAUAAUCUUAAUAUACAGAGAUCUGCCUGAGACAAUUUAUAAAAGUAAUGUUGAAUUACUACCUCAUGUGAGUGACAUCUUCAGAGUAGACAUAAUGGUGAAAUAUGGUGGAAUCUAUGUGGACACUGACGCGCUGUUUGUACAGCCAAUCCCAGAUAGUCUAAGAGCAUAUGACGUAGUUGCUUCAUAUGAUUGGAUAGAUUGGAAUGCUCCAUGUCCGGACAACAUCAAUUUUGGAGUGACACUUGGAAAGCGAAAUGCCGAAUUUUGGGUAUUGUUUCAAAAGUCAAUGAGUUAUUGGCGGGAAAACAGUUGGAGUUUCAAUGGUUUACGCCAGCCCUACAGAGUCAUGGAAAGACAUCCUGACCUUUUCCAUUUAGACCCUCAUCUACAAGUGAUAUGUUUUAAUUUUCUGUGCCAUCCCACUUGGUGGAAAGACUAUCACAACGAGUCCAUCCACCAUGAAAAUACGCCAUUGGAUUGGCAGCACGAGACAUAUGCCUUCCAUUGGACUGCUCCCGUCCCACUUGAGCUCCAAGACGAGAAACAUCUCAUGAAGUCAGACUCGAUGUUUGCUAAGAUUGGGAAACAUGUCCUGAAACAUGCUGGGCUGCUCAACGACAACAACAUUAGAACUGAUCCAGUCACCUGUCGGUCACUUUGA